UUGAGAAAAUAAUAGUAGUAGUAUAGUAACAAUAGUAGUAAUAUAAAGUAGACUACUUCUAAAUCUUCAUCUUUAAAAUAAGACUUCGUUUAUUAAAAUUGGUCCAAAAUAAUUUUAACUCAUUGUCAAUUGGACUUAUUGUUGAUAUAUACCAUUAUAAAACUAAGAGUCAUGAUAGCCCUAAUAUCCUACUUGAAAUAUUAUACAGUCGGUAAAAUCAAGAGUUUAUGAAUAACCCUAAAAACAAAAGGAUUAGAGAGAAUUUACCAACGGAACUUUGUAAUAUCUUAGAUGCGCGAUUUUCAAAUGAAUAUACAACAGUAUCUAUAAGUAUAAUAAUGUACUUAUUAGUAUCGGCACAUGACAUGACAAGAGAUUUAUUUAUAUAUACAUAUUUACAUUUUUAAUUAUAUAAAAAGACAUUUAAAAAAGUAAUAAUUAACAGUCGUCCUCCUUAAAUCUGUUUUAUUUGAGGAUCUAAUAUCUUUUUUUAAAUUGGAAAUUCUUUUCUUUAAAUUCUAUUUUUUUUUCAUCGUAAAAAAAGAAUUUAUUAUUAAUAGAACAUUAUUUUAUACCGUCUUAUUUUUUAAUUGUGAUAAAUAUAAAGAAUCUAAUUCUAAGAAUUAAGAAUGGAUGUGGUAUAAAUACAUGAAGCUAAACGUGAAGAUCGUUUUACUAUAAAAACUUUAAUACAGGAGAAAAUGCCUAAUGAAAGAUAGAUUAUAAAAGUAAAAUUAAUUAUAUAAUUUGCAUGCGUUUUAAAUACAUAUAUAUAUAUAUGCAUAUAUAUAUUGUUUUACAUUUCAUAAAUUUAUUAACAUACUUGAAGCUGUAUAUAAUGUGAUGUUCAUUUGAUUUACAUUAUUGAUUGAAAAAAAUUCCUAUAUCUUUAUACUAGUAAUAAUGUAGCGAAUCUGUUACACUUUAUAAAAGUAUAUGAUUUUAGUAAAAGAUAGGAACUAUAUCUUUAUCAAUAAAUAAAAAAUAUAAUUAAUAAUGGAUAAUUCACAAUAUUUGAAAUUAUUCACGAAAAAGAAAAGCAUUACUAGAAGUAAUUGGGGCAGAUAUACUUUAGACAUACAAUUGUGGGAAGAUGAGGAACCACCUAUUGUCAAAAUGAGAUAUAUAAAUGAUGUUUCAUUUGAUAACUUAGAAAAGGAUGGUAUUCUCUCUGAUAGAUUAAUAGGACUUGGAUCUUCAUUCUUAACAAAAUCACCAGAAUCUGGACUUUAUAUUUUAGCAAAAUGCAUUAUGAGAAAGAUGUUACUUACAGAUAUCACUGUUUUGUAUUAUCAUCGUUAUUUACAAUACAUUGACUUGGCAUAUAAUAAUCUUACAAAUUUAAUGCCACUAAGUGGAAUUCCUUACUUAAUAUAUUUAAAUGUAUCGCAUAAUAAACUCAUAGACAUAUUAAAUUUUACACCACCUUGGUAUUUAACUUAUGUAAAUUUAUCUCAUAAUCAAAUAACUGAAAUGUGUGAUCUAAGUAGUUUUUGGAGUAUUGUUAGAUUAGAUUUGUCUUAUAAUGAAAUUGAAGUAAUUUUUGGACUGCACAAUUUAAAAUAUUUACAAUACUUGAAUUUAUCAUAUAAUUCAAUAAAAUAUAUUGAAAAUUUGGAUAAUUUAAACAUUAAAGAAUUAAAUUUAGAAAAAAAUUGUAUAACAUCAUAUAAAUAUAAAAAAUUGGGUAGUGGUAUAAAAAGUUUAACCAAUUUAAGAACUAUUAUAUUAGGAUAUAAUAAAUUAUCUAACUUAAAUUUCUUCAAAGAUGCAUGCAGUUUGCGUUUCGUAGAUUUGAAAUUUAAUAAAAUUGUAGAUCUUUUAGAAGUAUCAAAUUUAAAAGGAUCGAUACAUGAAAUAGACCUUAGAGGUAAUGCAUGUGCAAAAUGGCCCAAUUAUAGAGAUGUAAUUUUAUUUACUAUUCCAAGUGUUAUGUUCAUUGAUGGUGUCGAAGUAUCUAUUACAGAAAAGAUAUCUGCAGCAACUAUAUUUACCCCAUCAUUAAGUUUGAUGACUGCACGUAGUAUCACCAAACUAACUUUAUUAGAGCAUUUGAGUACUCCUACAAUAGAUUCACAUGUAAUUGCAUAUGAUAAAAUUAGACCACCACUAUUAAUAUUGACCGGUCCAUCUGCAGUAAGAAAGAGAAAAUUAGCUUUACAUAUAUCAUGUGCAAUUCCUAAUAAAAUAAAAUACUGCAAAUGGUAUACUACUAAAGAAUCAAAAACUGGUGAAAAUGCAGAUGAGUCAUUUAUUUUUGUAAAACGAGAAGAUUUUAAUGAAAUAGCUUGUUGUGGUAACUUUUUAGGAAUCCAAGAACUGUUAGGAAAUAGCUAUGGAUUUCAUAUGAAUGAAAUUGCUUCUUUGAUAAUAGAAGAAAAAAUUGGUAUAACUCAAGCAGACUUGCAUACAACUAUGCAAAUAUACAACCGUUAUUUAAAUGUUAAACCUAUUUUGGUAAUUACAAAUGAUAUUACUCAACACAAACUUCAGAUAGAGAAUAAAUUUAAUAUUUAUACUUGGAUUCGAGAUAGUGUAGACGAUUUGCUUGCUGUUAAUAUAGGCAAACAUACAUAUGUAAAGAAAGAAUCAAAAAACAGUAUAUUGAACUUUAUUUCAAAUAUUAUAGAACAGAUAAUGAAUAAUUUAGAAUUACCUGGAUAUAGUAUGUUUGUUAGACCUCAAGGUUAUGGAGCAACAACAACCGAUAUAAUAUAUGAAAGUAGAACUACAAUACCAAAACUGAUAAAAAUUCAAGAACCAACUGACAAGUACCAACAAUUGAAUGGCUUAAAGAUCUUGUUAGACGAGGAAUCAAAUGUAAUUGUACACAAUAUAAAAUCUAAGCAAAAAAAACAAGGGAUAAUUAUGUACCAGUACAAAAACAAUGAUAAGAUAGAGUACAAGAUUUUUAUUGAUGAUGAUUCCAAUGAGACUAUUUCUAGUCAAGAAACAUUACUAACUGAACAAUGUGAAGAUAAUGACAGUAAAAAGUCAGAAAAUUUAAAACGUAUAUUUGUUGAACUUGUUUUGCAAACAAGGAAGAUAUAUUUAGAACACCAUGAAAAAAAUCCUGGUUUUUUUUCUCUUGUGUUAUUAACAGAUAAUUAUAUUAAGGCAUUUAAUGGCUUGAGAAAGUUUAUUCGAAAAACAUGUAUAAAGAAAUUAUUUCAAAAUCUGGAACAAACACCAGAAAUUAAGUAUCUUCUACAAGUGGCUAUUCCUGAUCAUAUUCAACAUAUUAUUGAUAAAAUGAAUAAGUAUGAUACAUGGUUCCUAAUCAAAUGUUGUAUUAAACUUUUACUAGUAUUUUAAAAU